UAACGGUCGAAACCAAGAAACAAAAAAAUACUAGCAAUCCACCACCUUGUUUUCGCACUUCUUUCGGUUUACACAAAUGGUUCAAACAAAGAAAAAACAGAGAAAAAAUAUUCAGCAGCAAAGGACCAAGGAAGAAGGUGGUGGGGGAGGAAAAGCUAUCACUAGCAGCAUUAUUCUGUCCCUUUUCAUCCCUCCCUUCUCAUCCUUGUAGCCCUUUUUUACUCUCUUUUAUUACCAUGAAAAUGCUUCUUCAAAUAACAAAAUUCUUGUAAUUAACCAUUUUAUUCUCCUUCCAAGAAAAUGGCUGGCACAGAGCAACAAGCCUCAUGCAAUAAUGAAUUGGUCAACCCAAUUAUUAGCAUGGGUUUGCAGUAUUCUGGCAUUCUUGUGAUCUCUCAUGUUCUGCAGAUUUUGCUCAAGCCCUUAGGCCAAGCUUCACCCUUUGUUCAAAUUCUCGCGGGGUUCUUGAUGGGUCCCUCGGGUUUUUCACGGAUCAAAGCAGUAGAGAAAUUCUUCAUUCAAAGUUACGCUUCGGGUUACUAUGAAUUCAUGGCGUUAAUUUUUAGAACUAUAAUCAUGUUUCUGAUUGGUCUUGAGACGGACUUCCCUUAUCUAAUGCGCAACAUACGUCCAGCGAGCAUUAUUGCAUGUGGCAGCAGUUUAGCAUGUACUUUCUUUGCAGCUGCUGUCACUUUCUUAGUAUUUCAAGAGACAGCUUCCCGUGGUUCUUCAUUCAUGAUGUCCUUAAUGAUCAUAAUAACGUUAGCGAAUGCAGCAUCCCCGAUCGUGGUUCGUGUGGCAGCAGACCUUAAGUUUUCAACUUCUGAGACUGGACGGUUGGCUAUAUCUUCUUCCUUGAUAGCCGAUGCAUAUGCGGUGAUUCUAUUGUUUAUACUUUCAGAAUACAAGUCAACAUCAAUUGCAAAAUGGAUCUUUUUCUUUUUCCUCUAUUUUAUUAUUGUCGGUAUAGUUAUUGUAAUCAAUAUGUAUCUCGCUAAUUGGUUGAAUAGGAGGAAUAGGAACCAAAAGUACCUUAGAAAUGCUGAAAUAUUUGUACUUCUAGCGAUUCUCUAUGUCGCUGCUAUGGCACUCGAACAUUUUGGAUUCAGCAGCAUCAUAGCUUCUUUCCUCAUUGGCUCAAUGUUUCCUAGAGGAGGCAAAGCAGCUCGGACAUUGUUGAUCAAACUCACAUAUCCAAUUCACAAUUUCAUAUUUCCAAUCUACUUUGGCAACCAUGGUUUCAGGGCAAAUGUGACUAAGCUGAAAAAUCUUCGUAAUUUCAUGGUAUUCUGUAUCCUUAUUUUGUCGAGCAUUGGAGGGAAGAUUGUUGGAACACUGGCAGCUUGCUUCCACCUAAAGAUUCCUUAUCGAGAAGGGGUGCUUUUGGCAUUUAUGAUGAACCUAAAAGGUCAUGUUGAUAUGCUUGCGUUGACAAUUGGCUUGACGGAUGAUCUUGUUUUGAGCCAGAAUUUCUACGACGUGAUGAUUGCAACAAUUAUUGUGAAUACAUUGGUAUGGGGACCAAUAGUAGCUUUCAUGGUGAGAAGAGAAAGUGAUAUUAUUGGUUACAGGCAAAUACAUUUUGAAUCUCAAAAUCCAGAAAGCGAACUACGAAUACUUGCUUGUGUGCAUAGUCCGCGACCAGUGGCAACUAUGUUAGGACUUGUUGCAGCCUCCAGAGGGCCAAGAGAUGUUCCAAUAACCCCUUACUUAAUGCAUCUGGUUGAGCUCCCAGGUAAAAAAAAGACUAAUUUGAUGUACAAUCAAAGAGAAGAAGAUGAACUAAGCGAUGAAGAUGAUUAUGGUGGGAAUGAUGUUGUUGAGAUAAAUGACGCUGUGGAUAUGUUCACUAGUGAGACAGGGUUAUUUGUUCAUCAGAUUAAAGCGGUAUCUCCCUUUUCACGUAUGCAUGCAGAUAUUUGUAACAAUGCUGAAGACAUAAGAGCAUCUAUCGUCGUUCUUCCUUUCCACAAACACCAGAGAAUCGAUGGGAAGCUAGAAAACGGGAAACAAGGUAUACGAACUACAAAUCAGAAAGUUCUUCGUCAUGCGCCAUGUUCAGUUGCCAUUCUUAUUGACCGUGGACUUACAGCCGGGUCCUUAAAUCCUUCGGGUUCUGACUCUCUGCAGCACAUCGCUAUCUUAUUUUUUGGUGGACCUGAUGAUCGUGAGGCACUAGGCUUUAGUAAACGGCUUGGCAUGGAUCAUCACGUAAAUCUCACCAUAAUUAGGUUCCUUCCGGCGUCUUCAAGAGGACAAAUUGCAGGCGUCAAUAUUGCCCACAAGACGGAUGAUGUCUUGAUGGCAAUAUCAAAUGACGAAGUAGAGAAAGAAGCAGAUAAUGCAGUUUUGACAGAGUUUCAUAACAGGUAUGUGGUGACAGGUCAAGUAGGGUACGUCGAGAAGGUUGUAGAAAGUGGUGCAGAGACGGCAUCUGCCUUGAGAGACAUGGCUGAAAUGUACUCAUUGUUCAUAGUAGGAAAGGAUGGGCGAGGGCAUUCGAUUUUAACAACAGGAAUGAGUGAUUGGGAAGAAUGUCCUGAGCUUGGUAAAGUAGGCGAUUUUUUGGCUUCUCCAGAAUUUGAUAUUAGCGGUUCAGUUCUUGUUGUUCAGCAGUAUAGACCCUCAAAACAUGACGAUGACGAUGAUGAUGACAAACAAUAGAAUUUCUUAGGUCUAAACAUUCUUUCAUUUUGUACAAUGUGUUCACCUUAAUUCUCUACCUUGUUACACUGAUGUUUUGCAAGGAAAAGAAAAAGAAGGUUGCCUCAUA